AUGCAAAUAAAAACUCUUUUUGCGCUAUUUUGUACUAUCGCUCUACUUUUAAUCGGAGCCAAUGAUGGUGCACCAGCAGAUCCAAAACCAGUAAAAGUUAUCCAAGAUUCACCUAAACCUACAAUCAUUAAACCACAACUUUCUGGUAGUCGUACAGCAUGGAAAACAAAGAUUGGUGCAGAAAGUAAAAAACUCUUCAAUGAAAAUAAACCAAUCAUAUCAAAAAAACUUCAAACUGUUCAUAAAGUACCAACAAAAUUUGUUCCUAAACCAUCGAAAGUAGCAACACAAGUUGUUAAUGGUUUUCUCUAUCAUUAUUUAGUUAAAUUACCAACAAAUAAAUAUGCAUAUGUAACAGUUCUUGAUCGUCCAUGGAGGAAAAACAAAGCUACAAAUGAAGAACAUGUUAAUGUACGACCACAACUUUAUGCAUUAAAUGAUAAGAAUAUUUAA